AUGGCGGCGGCGCUGCCCAUGGCGAGGUGGGGAGGGGGCGACUCAGGGUUCAGGAGAUUUCGAUCCAGAGGUCCCAGAAUUUGUGCACUCAAAUCCUCAGGUUUGACAGGCCGAAAUCUUGAAACAAGAAAAAUCCGGGGUCCUGACAUGCAAAAUCCAACAUCCCAUUUCGGCCCAACCUUCCCUCUCGUUCUCCGCCUCCGACUCCGGCCGCUCCUGACGAGUCAUCAGGGACAAACGCUACGCAAAAUCAACGAACGCCCAGCGCCGAGUCAAAACACUCCGACCCUUCCUGCCUCCCUCCCUCGCCGCCUCCCCGGACCCCGCCCCGAUCCCACCGAACCCAUGGCGUCGGAGAUCGAGGUGCUCGAGGACACCACCACCUCCUCGACCUCCCUCGUCGCGGCCGCGGCCGCGGCCCCUUCCGCCGCGGAGGGCGCGGGGGCGCCGGCGGAGGACGAGUCGCUGAAGAACGACGUGUACACCGCGGCGGCGUACGGCGAUCUGGAGAAGCUGCAGCGGCUGGUGGAGGGGGAGGGCCGUCCGGUCACCGAGCCCGACGGCGGGGGCUACCACGCGCUCCAGUGGGCCGCGCUCAACAACCGCGUCGCCGCCGCCCAGUACAUCCUCGAGGUUGCCCUCUCCCCCGGCUCCCGCGCCCCCUCCAACGCCUCGCAAAUUGGCCUUUUAUAUUUACAUAUAUAUAGUCGUUCGCUUUGCGUUGCUAUUGGGGGAUUUAGGCAUGGAGCAGACAUAAAUGCUGUGGAUCACACUGGACAAACAGCACUUCACUGGAGUGCUGCCACACAUGUUGCAGCACAGUAUGGUCAGACUGCAUUCAUAUACCACAUUGUUGCGAAAUGGAAUGCUGAUCCAGAUAUCCCUGAUAAUGAUGGAAGGAGCCCUUUACACUGCGUCGUAAGAGUCAAGAGUCCCAAUGUCCUAGCAUUACCAUCUGAUACUUUCCUAACUGCCCCAGACAAUGCUAGAAGGGUACACGACAGAGGAUGUGGUGCAAACACCAGAUUUGGGAAAUUGUCAAAAUUAGGGCUUGCUCCUCUUCUUUGGUGCACCAUUAUUGGCAUGCUUAUUACAUAUAUACACUCUGUUAUAUCAGGACAAUAUGCCAUGACUAUGACAACACCAUUUGGGAUAUUAGCAUGGUCAGGAGUUUUUCUUGCAACUGCUGGGUUGGUCAUGUUCUAUAAAUGUAGCAGGAAAGAUCCAGGUUACAUCAAUACAAGGAGCUCACAAAAUCAAAGGGAUGAUGAACCAUUGCUGAAGAUGGAGUUAGAAAAUCCUGCACUUGUUUCUGGCAACUGGUCACAACUUUGUAUAACGUGCAAAAUAGUCAGACCUGUUCGUUCGAAACAUUGUUCUACAUGUGAUCGUUGCGUGGAGCAGUUUGACCACCACUGCCCUUGGGUAUCUAAUUGCAUAGGAAAGAAGAACAAAUGGGAAUUCUUCAUGUUCCUCACUCUAGAAGUUUUUGCAAUGAUCAUUACUGGCUCUGCUGCCAUUAUAAGAAUUGUAAGGGAUCCUGAUUCCCCAUCAUCCUUUGGUGCUUGGAUUCAUUAUUCUGCAUUCCAGCAUCCUGGGGUGAUAGCAAGGAACAUUACAACAAAUGAGAUGGCAAAUUCCAUGAGAUAUGCAUAUCUCAGAGGCCCAGGUGGCAGAUUCAGGAACCCGUAUGAUCAUGGGAUUAGCAAGAACUGCUCUGACUUCUUGUUAAAUGGAUACAAUGAGGACACUGAGCGGCUAGACCAGACAUUGCACACCGAUGAGGAAAUGGGAAUGAUACAGAUGACAAGUGCAGUUUCGCAGAAUGGUAACAAUCAUUUACAUCAUGGUUCGGCGGUACCCCCAUUGUUUAGCAUGAUACGAGUUUGGAAAAAGGUAGUGGUGAAAAAUCGAAUCAAAUAG